AUGCCUUCUGGCAGACUCAGGAGGUUCCGUGGCUCCUGUGUCAUUCAAAAUGAACAUGGGACCUGCAUGGCAGAAGUUGACCCUCCUGCGAGCUGGUUCAGCCCAGUUGAGGACAGUUCCAGUCGUGAAAGACAAAGGCCAACCCAGGGGAACCCUGUGGAACUGUAUUACCAGGCCCGACCCAGUGCUUAUGGCCCAUGCACAGCCAGUGGGGAGGAGGGCAAGAGAUGGGAUUUGGGUGGUGGAAAUGCUGGGCAGCCUCAGGCUGAGUACAUGCCCGUGACCCCCAUGCAGAGAAUCGGAAGUGUUCGGCUCCAGCAGGUCAAACAAGGUUCCAUGCCAGUGUCCGUGCUCAAACUGAGAGAGUCUGUGGUCAUCCAGACCUCCUCUAAACCCCUUAAGAAGACUGAUAUUGCUUCCUUUUAUGUCUACGUGAGGAGCUCAGCCAACCUGGACACCUUCUCCUUAAGAGCCAUGGUAAAAAAGGGUGUGUCCUUCCGUACAGCCACACCAACCAACACGCUACUAUGGGACAUUACCCUAGACACAGGUCCAGAUGGAAGUUUGUCAGUGAAGUAG